AGUGCCAGGAGUGGAGGCGCGCAUGCGUGUUUUAGAGAUGGACCGGACCGGAUCAUGGAGCUUGUGUCCGGACUGCUGAACCGAGUUUGGCAACUGACGGGACCGACCGACGUGACGAACCACAAGAGAAGCAGAAAGAUGGAGGAGAAAGCGCUUGAGGUUUAUGAUGUGAUCCGAACGAUUCGUGAUCCAGAGAAGCCCAACACUCUAGAAGAACUGGACGUGGUCACAGAGAAAUGUGUGGAGGUCCAGGAACUCGGAGACGAUGAAUAUCUGAUCAUCAUUAAGUUCUCUCCGACUGUACCGCACUGUUCGCUGGCCACUCUAAUAGGUCUUUGCUUACAAGUAAAACUGCAACGCUGCCUGCCGUUCAAACACAAGCUGGAGAUUUACAUAACUGAGGGGACGCAUUCAACCGAGGAAGAUAUUAACAAACAGAUUAAUGAUAAGGAACGUGUGGCAGCUGCGAUGGAGAAUCCGAACCUGCGGGAGAUUGUGGAACAGUGUGUGACCGAACCAGAUGAUUGAGUCUGCAAUAAAUACACACACACUUCUGUAAGCGAAUCUCAAGAAACAUGUCAAGAACAAGUCAUGUUUCACCUAAAAUCAAAAGAAAAAAAUGAAAUUAUAUUUUGGAAAAAAAAAUAAAAAUAAAGCCUAUUUUUAGGACUAUGAA